UCUCAGCAUUCUGUGCGAGACACAGAGAGACAAGCUUUCCAGAUCCUCACAGACAGCCGCACCGGGAAUCUCUGGCGUGCCGGACUCCACAAAGGCUUUCCCAAAGGUUUGGGAGCAGGCGGUGCUGAAGGAGAGGUGUGGGGGGGUCACGGUGUGGGGGUCACUGGCGCUGUCAUCUGCUCUCGGGAUUGGCUCCACCAUGUCUGACCUUGCCGACCCGUUUGAUGGCCUGGUGUUGGGCAAAGUGAGUCCGGAGAUGCCCCGAGGAAUGGCGCUGGGUCAGUGCCCGGGUGAAGCGCUCUGCCGAGGGGAAGCGCUGGAGUUGCGCAGCGGGCUGGACUGCUGGGCGUGUGCGGUGCUCCUCACUGCACACAACAUCCUGGUCACUCUUCUCAACGUGCUGCUCAUUGUCACCGUCUUCGGGAGCGUCCUACUGCCCGCCUCCAUCAUGGUCACCAUCGGCCUUCUCUGCCACUCACAGGUUUUGAACUCCCAGGCGAGUCACUGCAAGCAGUUCCUGAACGAUAACAGUUCCACUGCACUGAUGGUGGUGGGCUUCGUAUUGGUGACACCGUUAGCAGUCCUGGCUCUGGCUGCUUACUGUCGGCUCGCACGGCGCCUGGAACUUGGCCUCUGCUUUAUCCCGUACAGCAAGGCCGUCUACCGGAAUCUUCCGGCCUCCCGCUACCGCUGGACGGGGGGUUGCUGCCUCAGGAUGGGGGAGACCUCAGGAAAAGUUUGGGUGUAA